UAAACUGAUGUGACGUGUACGAUGUAAAUUUAAGUCGAAAGCUGUAUUCAUCGGCUCCUCAUAAUUUCCUAAUAUCAUCAAAAAAGAAGCUCAAAAUGAGCUCUUUUAAGCGCGAUAAGAAAGAAGAAGAAGAUACUGGCGGCAAUCCAUAUUUGAAUUUGGAUAAGACAAUCGUCUUGCAAGAGGCGCGGUACUUUAACGAAACACCAGUGAAUCCGAGAAAAUGUUCUCAUAUUUUAUCGAAAAUCCUCUUCUUGCUGAACCAGGGCGAGAAGUUAUCAACACAGGAGGCUACGGACGCGUUUUUUGCUACUACCAAGCUAUUUCAAUCGAAGGAUGUUAUGUUACGUCGAAUGGUUUAUUUAUGUAUAAAAGAGUUGAGUAGUCUUGCUCAGGAUGUAAUUAUCGUGACAUCGUCGUUGACAAAAGAUAUGACCGGUAAGGAGGAUAUGUAUCGGGCUGCAGCAAUACGGGCUCUAUGCAGCAUCACGGACAGUACCAUGAUACAGGCUAUAGAAAGAUACAUGAAACAGGCUAUAGUGGAUAAAAACCCAGCAGUCAGUUCAGCGGCAUUGGUUUCCGCUCUGCACUUGUCAUCAACAGCACCGGAUUUGGUGAAGCGUUGGGCUAAUGAAGCUCAGGAAGCAAUCAACUCUGAUAAUGCCAUGGUUUCCUAUCACGCCCUGGGCAUCUUGGCGAGUACGCGUAAAAACGACAAACUUUCUACCGUAAAAUUGGUGACUCGUUUGGCUAAGUCGCCUCUAAAAUCGCCUUACGCGCUAUGCCUCUUGAUCCGUUUAGCCGCUCAGCUAGUCGAGAAUGAUGACUCAGAUGCGUCUCAACCCUACAUCGACUUCAUAGAAUGUUGCUUGCGUCAUAAAUCCGAAAUGGUCAUCUAUGAAGCAGCCCAUGCGAUCGUCAAUUUAAGAAAAACUGCAAGAGAUUUGGCACCAGCUGUGUCAGUCUUACAGCUAUUCUGCGGAUCAUCUAAAGCUGCUCUCAGAUUGGCUGGAGCAAGGACGUUAGCUAGAUUGACUACCAAGCACCCAACGGCCGUAGCAGCGUGUGCUGUUGAUCUGGAAAACCUAAUUUCCGAUCCAAAUAGGUCCGUAGCUACUUUAGCAGUAACCACGCUAUUGGCUACUGGUGCCGAAAGUUCGAUUGAUAGAUUAAUGAAGCAGAUAUCGAGUUUCGUGUCUGAAAUAUCGGAUGAGUUUAAGAUUGUUGUUGUCAAAGCAAUUCGACGCCUUUGCCAGAAAUUCCCGAGAAAACAUCAGUCAUUGGCCGCUUUCUUAGCUGGGAUGCUCCGAGAUGAAGGUGGCCUUGAAUACAAAGCAGCGAUAGCUGAUGCUAUCAUUACACUGGUCGAAGAAAACCCAGAAGCGAAAGAGACAGGGCUGGCACAUUUAUGCGAAUUUAUCGAAGAUUGUGAACACACGACUCUGGCUGUCCGUAUCUUACACUUGUUGGGUCGCGAAGGGCCCAAAUCACGUCAACCAUCGCGAUACAUACGCUUUAUUUACAACAGGGUUAUAUUAGAAUCUGGUCCGGUUAGAGCCGCUGCGGUUUCCGCCGUGGCACAAUUUGGAGCUCAAAGACCAGAGUUACUCCCAAAUAUACGAGUUCUCCUUGCCAGAUGCGAACUGGAUGAUGAAGAUGAAGUUAGGGACCGUGCUAUUUAUUACAAUGCUAUUCUGGACUCAGGAGAUCAACAAUUGAUCAACGAUUUCAUUAUAGAUGUGCCUAAACCAAAUCCAGUAUUAUUGGAAAAAGCCCUGCGAGACCAUAUCGCUACAAAUCCAGAUGAGCCAUUCGAUAUUAUGACAGUUCCAAUGGAAGAAGAAAAGAAGGAGGAGAAAGAAGACAUUGCAGCGAUAGAAGUGCGUAAACCGAAGCAGAUGACUAUCGAGGAAAUUUAUUCAGAGCAACUAGCACAAGUACCAGGCAUCGAGAAACUGGGAUCGAUCUUCAAAACUAAUAUGCCGUUAGAACUAACGGAGGCUGAAACGGAAUACAGGGUGCGUCUGCUGAAACAUGUGUACGUCCGUCACAUUGUAUUACAAUUCGAAUGUAUCAAUACCUUAAAUGAUCAGAUUUUGGAGGAAGUUCACGUGAGAUUGGAAUGUCCUCCCGAAUACGAGAUAAAGUCAAUCGUACCGUGCCAAAAACUUCUAUACAAUCAGCCAGGCAGCGUUUUCGUAGUUCUCGAAUACCCCUCUUCCUAUUUAGACAGCUUAGGCACAUUCGGGGCAACACUAGAGUUCGUAGUUCGUGAUUGUGAUCCUAAUACAGGAAAUCCUGACCCGGGAGAAGGUUAUGCUGAUACUUAUCCCCUGGAAGAAUUUUACAUGGGUUGCUCAGAUCAAAUAAGGGCUAGAGGUAUGGGUGAAGAUUGGGAAACAACUUGGGAUAGAGCUGCCAAUGUACCAGAAAUAUCAGAUACAUACGCGCUUCCAGAACAAGAUCCCGCUGCAGCUGCGAAGUCCGUAUGCGAAUAUUUGGGUUUACCAAAAGCUACUAUAGUUGGUGAGGCUGUGAAAGAAAUCAGAGGGGGCGGUGUUUUCAGAGGUGGAGCUCCAUUUUUGGUAAGAGCUAGAAUAGCUUCAAGUAAUGUAGGUGUGACUAUGUUGAUAGCUGCUCGGUCGCCACGCGAGGACGUCGCACAGCUCUUAUUGGCUGCAGUUGGGUAAAUCCCUUAUUUGUUGCAAUUUUCGUCGUAGUACCACUUUUUAAAAUUAUAUUACGUAAAAUCGAUGUUUGAUCUUUUUCAAAUAGUAAUAUAUUAUAAAAUUACGAUAUAUAAUUAUAUAUAAAUGACAUUUAAUGAUUAUCAAAAUCAAAAUAUAUAUCAACGUAAAUUUUAAUAUGUUUAGUGUCAACACGUCAAAGACUACACGAAGGUACACCGAUUUUUGAAAAAUGUUUAUUGUCUUCAAAAUAAAUGUGACAUUAAAACACCGAUCAAAAUCUUUUCGAAAUAAAACUUCAUUUGGAAACUUG